AUGGCAGAUUUAAAUACAUAUUUAAAUCAGAUAAAUGAUUGUGUAACAAAAGAACAUGGAAAAGUUUUUGCAGAAUUGAUAUCUCUGAGUGAAGUCAUCACGAUCACUACUUAUCAACAACAGAAACAAAGCUUUUCAAAUAAGAUACAAGAGACAAAGUACAAUAGCAAGCUAUUACAAUUGAAAAAGAUCGAUCAGAUCGUUAGGAAAACAGCAGAUUUAGAUUCUCUCUUGCAAAACAAAAUACAUCCACAUGGAACAAACGAAACACAACGAGAAUCCUAUUGUGAUAUGAUUGCAUCACGUCUACGUGCAAUCACCUCAAUAUUCGAUUCAAACUAUGACGAUGCAUUUAAUUAUCUAUCUGAAUCAAUAACUGCAUUUAUAAAAGUAUUUGAAGUAUGGUCAUCACAGGCGAUGUGGAAAUUCACUUAUGAUAUUAGAAUAAUGGCAAAGCUGGCGAAUACAGUGGAGAGUGCAGAGAAGAAAGCGGACUACUACGAAGAGGCAUCGAGAAUAUUGAAUCGUUGUUUCCAGGCGUCGAGUACCGAUCGUACCACCGAUCUGUCGCAGUCCAAGAAGAAGGCGGCAAUGGGUAUCGUCAACCAGAUGUUCCACAUCUACUUUAAGCUGAACAACUUGAAACUCUGUAAGAACGUAAUCAAAGCCAUGGAGAGUCCACUCUACCCUGCACUAGAAUCAUAUCCACUCGGACAGUUGAUCACCUAUCGAUUCUUUGUCGGUAGACUCGCUGCAUUCGACGGUAACACACAAAAAGCUCAGCAAGAUCUACUGUUCUCUUUCAACAAGUGUCCUAGCACUGGAUCUUCUGCUAAAAACAAAAGAUUGAUAUUAUUAUAUUUAAUUCCAAUGCAACUAUCACUUUGUCGAUUCCCAAAGAAAGAGUUAUUAUUACAAUAUGGAUUGAAUCAAUUCGUUGGUAUAGUAGAGGCAAUGAAGACAGGAAACAUCAAACUAUUCAAUCAAUGUCUAUCGACCAAUCAAAACUAUUUCAUUCAAAAGGGAAUCUAUUUGAUUUUAGAAAAACUAAAGAAUAUUGUAUAUAGAAAUCUUUUCAAGAAAAUAUAUCUUUUAAAUCAUAAUUCUCGUGUACCCAUUCAAAACUUUGUUAUUGCACUUAAAUGGGCAGAGAAUGACACAGUUGACAUCGACGAAGCAGAAUGUAUCAUCUCGAAUCUCAUCUACAACGGUUACAUCAAAGGAUAUGUAUGUCAUAAAGUUGGUCUUAUUCUAAGUCCAAAAGAUCCAUUCCCUCAAAUUUGGAAAUCAUAA